UUGUGAUGUUCAUAGCUGGGUAAGACAAUCAACGACUUUUGUUCCCCAGCAGCCUGGAUAGCACCUUCUGCUGCUAUGGGAGGCAGUCAGCAUGGGGGAAGCUUCCAGGCGUCUGGCACCCUGAGGGACCUUGCAGACCCCACACACUUCAUUACAAGACAAGCCCCAGUGCCUUAGCUGAUGAUCUACGGGAAAGCAGGCUGCCAGUGUGACCUCACCCUCUCCAGUCCUCCCUACUUGGUAUCAGCGAUGAGCUCCUGCAACUUCACACAUGCCACCUUCGUGCUUAUUGGUAUCCCAGGACUGGAGGGAGCUCACUUUUGGUUUGGCUUCCCCCUGCUUUCCAUGUAUGCUGUGGCGUUGUUUGGAAACUGCAUCGUGGUGUUCAUUGUGAGGACGGAGCGGAGCCUGCAUGCACCCAUGUACCUUUUUCUCUGCAUGUUGGCAGCUAUUGAUCUGGCUUUGUCCACAUCUACCAUGCCCAAGAUCCUCGCCCUCUUUUGGUUUGAUUCCCGGGAGAUUACUUUUGAUGCCUGUCUUGCCCAGAUGUUCUUCAUUCAUGCUCUCUCGGCAGUUGAAUCUACCAUCCUGCUGGCCAUGGCCUUUGACCGUUAUGUGGCCAUCUGCCACCCACUGCGUCAUGCUGCUGUGCUCAACAAUACAGUGACAGUCCAAAUCGGCAUGGUGGCUCUGGUCCGGGGAUCCCUAUUCUUUUUCCCACUCCCACUGCUGAUCAAGCGGCUGGCCUUCUGUAGCUCCAAUGUGCUCUCCCAUUCCUAUUGUGUCCAUCAGGAUGUGAUGAAGUUGGCCUAUACAGACACAUUGCCCAAUGUAGUCUAUGGUCUAACUGCCAUUCUGCUAGUCAUGGGUGUAGAUGUCAUGUUCAUCUCCUUGUCCUAUUUUCUGAUUAUACGAACAGUUUUGCAACUGCCUUCCAAGUCAGAACGAGCUAAGGCAUUUGGGACCUGUGUGUCACACAUUGGUGUGGUUCUGGCUUUCUAUGUACCACUCAUUGGCCUGUCAGUGGUACACCGUUUUGGAAACAGCCUAGACCCCAUUGUGCAUGUUCUCAUGGGAGAUGUCUACCUGCUGCUGCCUCCUGUGAUCAAUCCCAUCAUCUAUGGUGCUAAGACCAAGCAGAUCAGAACACGGGUGCUGGCUAUGCUCAAGAUCAGCUGUGACAAGGACAUUGAAGAUGAAGGAAACACGUGACCCUUACGAUUCCAUCACCCUUGUCCUAGAUAGCUUAAUAUAGUAAUUUCAUCAUACCUGCUUAAUUCCAGUCACCCAUAAGCACAUUAGUGCUUUUCCCUGGAUGGGAUGGUGAACUAAAGUAUGGUUUAUCUUCAUCAUGGAUAUAAUGUGAAAUAAUCUAUAUCAAUGAAUAUUGUGUGGUUUAAAGACUUUGCUAUAAAAUGAGACACGUUGAUAAUAUUAAAUAAAGCAAAUAGAAUUUGUGAUUUAAACUAACUGAUCAAGUUUGUGACUUGGAUGAAAUAUGUUCAAAUAUGACUUUGUCUUAUUCCUACUCUCUUUGUCGUGAAGCUAUUGUUCAGUUAUGUGUAACUUCUAAAAUGCAGAACAUGAAGCUGACAGUAGAGUAACCAAGGCUUGCCUCAUCCACUUCAAGUUUAUUAUUCAUUACCUAGAAACAUAUCCAAGCCCUAAACAGUAAUGCUUAUGAAUGUAUCAUGUAUGCUUAACAUGUUCCAGGUCCCAUGGUAAGUGUUUUUCAGCCUUUCUGUGAUCUCAUCCUUUUUCCAGAGCAGGUACCAUUUUUGCCCAUCACAAUAUGUGAUAGAGGCUUUAAUGAGCAAAGAAAGUUUCUUGUAUGUGCUGUGCCAAGAUUUUAAAUUAAAUUUGAUAAUUGAAUACAUUUGCUUUACUACUAUGUUAUAUUGCUUCCUGUUUAACAUCUGCCAUCUAUUUCCUCUGCUUGUUACAAAUCCUGUUUUCUCUCUGCUGUGUGCGAACAUGGAUGUCUUUGUGUUUGAGCUAAGUGAUUAGCCCUGUCCUAGUUGAGGACAGCAAACUGUUCUCUGUGGCAGAGUAGCCUGCUUCUUCUCAGAUGAAAGGAGGAGCUUUUAAUCUUUUAGUCUCUUACAUAUCCAUGAUUGAUUUUGUCUUCUUUGUAUUGUGUCCUGUAUCUGUCAACUCUUUUGAAUGUGUAACAUAUGAUGGUGUCUGAGUCUUGACUUAGGUGUCAAACAGCAUAAUAAUUUAUCUUAAAGUGUUCAGUGUUAUUCCUACCGUUUUUAUGUCCAUAGAAUCCUAGAAAGUAAUGUUGAGAGAUAUGAGAGCUCCCCCAGUCUUCUUUACCUUCAGUGCAAAGGGCCUGCCAGGUGUGGCUUGCACAACUGAAAAGAUGUUGAAUGAACUUAUCUCCUGUAGAACAUUCCUUUUGUAUUGAGUGGGAUGAUUAAAAGGUUCUAGAAAAAGUAAUGAUACCUACAGAAUAAUGUUAAUAUAUUCAGUGUACACUUAAUGCUUAAAAUGAUGAAAUUUAUGUAGUAUGUAUCUGCCACAAUAAACAACCAUUUUAAUUACUG